AUGUCCUCCAGCUCCCCGCCGGGCGAGCCCAAGGGCCGCAGCCUGGGCCGGCUCUCGCUGCCCAGGAGAGGCAGCAUGACGCCCGGCAAGAAGCUGGCGGCGCUGGAGCUGGCCGAGAGCGCCCCGAACGCCCACUACGCCCCGCUGGCGGCCGCGCAGGCGCCCGCGGGAUGCGGCCCCACGCCGGAGCGGGAGCGGGCGCCGCGCCUGCGGAGCGAGGUGCUGGUGGUGAGCGCCGACUGCCCUCGGCCCCCCGUCAGCCUGGACCCCCGCGUCUCCAUCUACAGCCUCCGCAAGCCCCUGCUCAGCCGCAGCAGCGUCCAGGGCAGGGUCUACAACUUCUUGGAGCGGCCCACGGGAUGGAAGUGCUUCGUGUACCACUUCACCGUCUUCCUUAUUGUGCUGAUAUGCCUUAUCUUCAGCGUGCUUUCUACAAUUGAGCAGUAUGCAGCUCUUGCUACAGGGACAUUAUUUUGGAUGGAAAUUGUAUUAGUGGUGUUCUUUGGAACAGAGUAUGUGGUUCGGCUGUGGUCAGCAGGAUGCCGCAGUAAAUACGUUGGAGUGUGGGGAAGGCUUCGUUUUGCUAGGAAGCCCAUUUCAAUCAUUGAUUUAAUUGUAGUUGUUGCUUCCAUGAUAGUUCUUUGUGUGGGGUCUAAAGGUCAAGUCUUUGCAACCUCUGCUAUCAGGGGCAUCCGUUUCCUGCAGAUCUUACGGAUGCUGCACGUUGACCGUCAGGGCGGUACCUGGAGGCUGCUGGGGUCAGUGGUGUUCAUACACAGACAGGAACUGAUAACUACACUCUACAUUGGAUUUCUAGGCCUGAUUUUUUCCUCUUAUUUUGUGUACCUGGCCGAGAAAGAUGCUGUAAAUGAUUCUGGAGAAACAGAGUUUGGCAGCUAUGCAGACGCCCUGUGGUGGGGAGUAGUGACUGUUACAACUAUUGGCUAUGGAGAUAAAGUGCCACAGACCUGGAUAGGAAAGACAAUUGCAUCUUGUUUUUCAGUGUUUGCAAUCUCAUUUUUUGCACUGCCUGCGGGAAUUCUUGGUUCAGGCUUUGCCCUAAAGGUACAACAGAAACAAAGACAGAAGCAUUUCAACCGUCAGAUUCCAGCUGCUGCUUCUCUUAUACAGACUGCAUGGAGAUGCUACGCUGCAGAAAACCCAGACUCUUCUACGUGGAAAAUUUACAUUCGAAAACCUGCCAGGAAUUAUCAUUUGCUCUCACCCAGUCCAAAACCAAAGAAAUCGGUGAUGGUUAAAAAGAAGAAAUUUAAGUUAGACAAGGACAAUGGGCCUUCUUCUCCAGACAGGAUGUUGGCUAUACCACACAUCACUUAUGACCACGUGGCCGAGGACAGGAAAACUGAUUUCAGUUUUGAACCCUUUGAACAUGCUGGACAAACAGGAAUGUUAAAAUUGCCUGAUUGUCAGCGCUCCUGGCCAUCCUUUUCCACAGACCAGCAGUCUUCCAGCGCUCCUUCCUCUCCAGUAAAAAAGAGCCCAGCAUUUCUAGAUGUGAGCACAGGACCCUUCAUCAGGACCAGCAGCUUUGCGGAUGAGCUUGACCUGGAGGGCGAGACCCUGCUGACCCCAAUAACUCACAUCUCACAGCUGCGGGAGCACCACCGCGCUGCCAUCAAGGUGAUUCGGAGGAUGCAGUAUUUUGUGGCAAAAAAAAAGUUCCAGCAAGCCAGAAAGCCCUACGAUGUCCGAGAUGUUAUUGAGCAGUACUCUCAGGGCCACCUCAACCUGAUGGUGCGAAUCAAGGAGCUGCAGAGGAGGUUGGACCAGUCCAUAGGAAAGCCAUCUCUUUUUAUCUCCGUCUCAGAGAAAAGCAAAGAUCGAGGAAAUAACACGGUUGGUGCCAGGCUGAACAGAGUGGAGGACAAGGUGACACAAAUGGACCAGAAGCUGAACCUCAUCACGGACAUGCUGCAUCAUCUGGUUUCCCGUCAGCAGGGGGAUCAGGGCAACAACAGAUCAUCUCAGAGAGGCAACAGCAGCGUCAGUUCCGAGCUUUUCCUCCCCAACAACACCCUGCCCACCUACGAGCAGCUGACAGUACCGGCAGGGAACGAGGACGACAUCUCCUGAUGUGGUGCAAGCCUGGGUUGGGUUGUUCCCACUUUUCUCCUCUGAACAGGACUGAGUGUUGGGAGCCAGGGGGAAAUUAAGUACAUCAGCCAACCAAGAAAUCGUGCAACUGCUGUAUCCACACCACUAGUCUCAAACAUGCGGAAGUUACCCACAGUAGCCAAAGGAUUGCCAGGCUGUCUUCCACCAGGCAAAACUUCUGGAAGCUCCACGUUGAUUUUGCCCCUGAACAAAUGAUGACAACUUAUUUCUCAAAAAGGCCAAAAUUAUGUAAAACAGG